CGCACCUUAUGCACCUGCGUGACAGAAUGUCGAGAAAAUCCUUUUCAGUGAAUCCAUUCAUUCACACAUUCUAAGCGUUGCCUGCACCUGCUUACUCACUCCUCCAGACGUCUCUUCACCAAUUUAGCCGUGUAUGUGUAUUGUAGUAUAGGUGCAAGUUGGCGUUGCUGCUGAUCGAGUCUGUUAAGAUUGUGUACGUUUUUCUUAGCGCACGCAAUUACGCAAGCAGCAACUGUCCCUUUUCUCUUCAUGCCUUCGUUAGUUGCGCUUUAGUAAUGGGCUGCGGAAGCACCAAGGUGCUGCCAGAAAGCUCGGUUAAAAACGGUUACGUGAGCUUCGUGAAGUCGGUAGUGGGCUACAGUCACAAAAGAAAAGAGUUAGACGAUGAGCUACAGAAGUGUAAAGGGACGCAGAAAAACUUUUGGAGUGUUGUUCAGAGCAGUGGAGUUACGGGUACACAGGCGCCGUCACGCGUUCUACUGCCGACGGGCCAGGAUGGGCAGAGGCACAACAAAGUGGCCAAGUACAAGGCGAAGUUUGACCCCAGAGUCACAGCAAGGUAUGAUAUCAAGGCCCUGAUCGGUAGGGGGAGCUUCAGCCGGGUAGUACGUGUAGAGCACAGAGCCACCCAUCAACCCUUCGCCAUCAAGAUGAUAGAGGUGGAUGCCAGGGAAGGGCGAGAGGUGUGUGACUCUGAGCUGGGGGUGCUACGCAGGGUCAGCCACCUCAAUGUGGUACAGCUGGUGGAGGUGUUCCAGUCGCCCCAGAGGGUCUACAUGGUUCUGGAACUGGCCACGGGCGGGGAGCUGUUCGACCGUGUCAUCGCUAAGGGCCACUUCACCGAGCGUGAUGCCACCAGAGCCCUGCAGAUGACUUUAGCCGGGGUGGGGUAUCUUCAUUCUCUGGGCAUCACACACAGGGACCUGAAACCUGAGAAUCUGUUGUACUACCACCCUGGAGCCGACUCACGCCUGCUGGUGACUGACUUUGGACUGGCCAGCUUUGGGAACAGGGACCUUGGAGGGGGUAAGGAUGGAGGUGGGGAUGGAGUGGGCAGUGGAAGUGGAGAUAGUGGAGUUGGAAGAGGCAGUGAAAGGGGUGCAAGUCUGGGUGGAGUUCCAGGUGGUAAGGUAGCAAAUAGGGAUGGUAAGGAAAGCUGUGAUAGAAGGGAUGGAAAAGGAAGUGGAAGAGAUGGAAGAGGGGAUGGAGGAGGUGGCGGUAGAAGAGACUGGUCCAUGACGACCACUUGUGGGACACCAGAGUACAUGGCCCCAGAGGUGGUCUUGAGGUUGCCCUACUCCUGCCAGGUGGACAUGUGGGCCCUAGGGGUCAUAGCCUACAUCCUACUCAGUGGCUCCAUGCCCUUCGAGGACGACAGCCGGCCCAGACUCUACAGAGCCAUCCUCAGGGGAAGGUACAGCUUCCACGGAGAG